AUGGCAGCCCAGACUACAGAGAAGUUGGAUCAGUUGGACCCUGAUCAGGUUCCUGCUGAAGCGGAGGAGGACUCGGACGACGCACCAGACGGCGAGACUGCCGCAGAGACUGGAGCUGCCGACAAAAAGAAAAAGAAGAAGAAGCCCAAGAAGAAGAGCAAGAAGAAGGGCGGCGCCAAGGUCCAGAGUGAGCCACCGCGGGUUCCCGUGUCCAGCCUCUUCCCCAACGGCCAAUAUCCCGAGGGCGAGAUCGUCGAAUACCUAAACGACAAUGCCUACCGUACCACCAACGAAGAGAAACGAUACCUCGAUCGCAUGAACAAUGACUUCCUGGAGGAGUACCGCCAAGGUGCCGAGGUUCACCGUCAAGUCCGCCAGUAUGCGCAGAAGAACAUCAAGCCCGGUCAGACUUUGACUGAGAUCGCAGAGGGAAUUGAGGAUUCAGUGCGCGCUCUGACUGGCCACUCCGGUCUGGAGGAGGGUGAUAACCUUAAGGGUGGCAUGGGCUUCCCUUGCGGUCUGAGCAUCAACCACUGCGCUGCGCAUUAUACCCCGAAUGCGGGCAACAAGAUGGUUCUGAACCAGGGAGACGUGAUGAAGGUCGAUUUCGGUGCGCAGCUUAAUGGCCGCAUCGUCGACAGUGCUUUCACUAUGUCUUUUGACCCAGUGUAUGAUCCUCUUCUCGCUGCUGUCAAGGAUGCCACAAACACCGGUAUCCGGGAAGCGGGAAUUGACGUUCGGAUGAGUGAUAUCGGAGCUGCCAUUCAAGAAGCUAUGGAGAGUUACGAAGUUGAGCUCAAUGGCACGAUGCACCCCGUCAAGUGUAUCCGCAACUUGAACGGUCACAACAUUGAUCAGCACGUUAUUCACGGCGGCAAGAGUGUGCCUAUCGUCAAGAGCACCGAUCAGACCAAGAUGGAGGAGGGCGAAGUUUUCGCCAUCGAGACUUUCGGUAGUACCGGUAAAGGUUACGUGCGAGAGGAGAUGGAAACCUCGCACUACGCUCUCGCCCCUGACGCUCCUAACGUUCCUCUGCGUCUUUCUUCUGCCAAGAACCUGUUGAAUGUGAUCAACAAGAACUUUGGCACCCUUCCUUUCUGUCGCCGUUACCUUGACCGUCUGGGCCAGGACAAGUAUCUUUUGGGCUUGAACAACUUGGUUUCUUCUGGAAUUGUUCAGGAUUACCCUCCUCUUUGCGACAUCAAGGGCUCAUACACUGCCCAAUAUGAACAUACGAUUGUGUUGCGCCCGAAUGUGAAGGAGGUUAUUAGCCGUGGUGACGACUACUGA